AUGUCUGUAAUCGGCAGCAAAAUAGCCGGACUAAUACAGGGACUAUCGUCGAGAGUGUCGACUAAUUUAACGACAACAACACUGGUCCGGGCGUUCAUUGUUUUGGCCAUUAUCUGGUUUGUCACUAAACGGCUCAUACCAUGGCUGAGGCUAAUCAAAAGCAAGUGCCAUACCAUAGACCAGAUGCCGGGACCCAAAUGUUUUAAUGCAAUUAUGGGUAACGUUCCUCUGGCUAUACUCAAGAAUAUGAUGAGCGAGUCAGAGGAAUCCAAGAAUCUAUUAGUAAAUCUGAUGCAAGCGGUUAGCGGUUAUACCAUAGUUUACGCCAAAGAGAAGAUAUUUCGCAUUUGGCUUUCAUGGGAACCGAUGGUCUUUCUCUGGAAUCCCGAAACUGUUGAGUCUGUAUUGUCUAACAAUUUUUUACUGGAAAAGUCAACACAAUAUAAGUUUUUGCAUCCCUGGUUGGGCACGGGAUUACUCACAUCGACCGGUCAAAAGUGGCGAUCACGGCGUAAGCUAUUGGUGCCGGCCUUUCAUUUCAAAAUAUUGCACGACUUCGUCCCGGUUUUCAAUGAACAGUCGGUUAUAUUGAUCAACAAAUUACAGCAAAUUGCUCGCAGAAAAUGUCACAAUUGUACUGUCGUUGAUAUCGUGCCAGUGAUUACUGCCUGUACUUUGGACAUCAUUUGCCAAACAAUAAUGGGUGUAUCGAUCGGAGCUCAGGGCAACAAUAGGAACGGCUACUGUCGGUCUGUUACUGAGGUUGGCGAAUGCUUUUUGGAGCGUCUAUUACAGCCCACGUAUUGGUCGGAUCAGGUCUACUAUCGAUCGGAAAAGGGCUACCGAUUCUCGGAAAAUCUGAUAAAAUUACACGCAUUCACGCGUAAAGUGAUUCGCGACCGAAAGGCCGAUAUCUUAAACAAUUCGUUCAAUAUCUAUAAGACAAACGGUGGCGACGAUGGCGGUGAAGAACACCGAAGAAAAGCGUUUCUCGAUCUACUUCUUGACCAUCACAUCACUGGCGGUGAAAUGAGCGAAGAGGACAUCAGAGAAGAAGUGGACACUUUUAUGUUUGAAGGUCACGACACAACAGCAAUGGCUCUUUCGUGGAUAAUCUUCCUAUUGGGUCACAGUCCCGAAAUCCAGGCCCGAGCCGCUUCCGAAGUGGACACCAUUUUUGAGGAGACGGAGGACAUGGCCGAGAAAAAUGCCGAAAAGUUUUUGCUAUCAUUGGAUAAACUCAAAGAACUCAAAUACCUGGAGUGUUGUAUUAAGGAAGGGCUGCGACUGUGUCCGUCCGUACCGUUUAUCGGGCGUCGGCUUCACGAUGACAUGAAAAUCAAUGGCUAUACGAUACCCGAGGGUACCAUCAUAUUUGUCUACAUUUAUAUGUUGCACAGGGAUCCAAAAGUGUGGACCAAUCCGGAACAAUUUGACCCGGAUCGAUUUCUACCGGAAAACUCUGUGGGCAGACACCCGUUUGCAUUUGUACCGUUUUCGGCCGGUCCGCGUAACUGUAUUGGCCAGAGAUUUGCUAUAUCGGAGCUCAAAGUAGUGCUGGCAUUCCUGUUGCGGAACUUCCGUUUCGAGUCGUUAGAGCACCGGGAUAAAAUUACUACACAAAUGGAAAUGGUGUUUAGACCCAAAGUUCCCAUUAAAGUUAGAAUCUAUGAGAGAAGUAAAAAUUAA